UGCCCCCUGGUGGCUAGUGUCCAAAAUAAUCCAGGACACAACAAAACAAGUGCUGACAAAUCAGUUCUGCUGACCAAUCAAAGAAUCUGCUCUUCACUGCAUUUCAUCAUAAACAAGCACGUAUGUCUCUUUGGGGGCGGGACCAGUUUCGCUGCAGAAGGAUGCUCUGCGCCACCAUACAGCACCAGCCACUGUGGAAAGCCCUGCUCACAGGCACGUAGCACACACUCAGAAUCUGACUGCAGUCAGACCCCCUGAAGCGCAGAGUAUCUGUGCUACAUCUGCUCUUGUAUUUCCUUCUCCUCCAUCGCUUCGAAGUGCCUGGGUUCUUCAUCCUCCUUUACGUUCUGACUCCUCUAGGCUCAACUGCUUGACCUAGAGGAAUCAUGUCCUCCAACCUGCCCUCUGGGACCUCUUCUUCAGGGGCCAAGAGCAAACCCCUGUCACCGUUUAGGAAGCGAGGAAGUCUCCAGUACACCACGAGUACAGCUGUCGAUCUCCGCACCGCCCGCCACCUCCUCACUUCCCAGCAUUCCUUGCCAGGAAUCCCCGUGGCCUUGAAACAGUCCAUUGACCUGCGUACAUCCAUGGACGGAAAGUACAAAGAAAUAGCAGAGGAGCUUUUCUCUCGCAGUUUGGUGGAGAGUGAGAUGCGCAGUGCUCCCUAUGAAUUUCCAGAGGACAGUCCCAUUGAGAAGCUAGAGGAAAGACGUCAGCGCCUGGAACGUCAGAUUAGCCAAGAUGUCAAGUUUGAACCUGACAUUUUGCUGCGAGCCAAACAGGACUUCAUGAAGACGGACAGCGCUGCGGACCUGGAAUACAUGAAGGAGCAGAACCAACUCCCGGAUCAGCAGGAGCGAGAGCUGCUUCCAGAGAAGGAGUACCAGCGGGUCACCAUCUCCGGGGAGGAGAAGUGUGGAGUUCCCUUCACAGACCUCCUGGAUGCUGCCAAGUGUGUGGUCAAAGCUUUGUUCAUCAGACAGAAGUACAUGGGUCUGUCGCUGCAGAGCUUCUGCAGGACCACGGCGCGAUGCUUGCAGGAGCUGAGCGAGAGACCACUGGACCACUUGGACGUCUAUGAGGAGGAGGUGCAAGAAUCUGAAGCAGAUGCCAACGUGCACCCACCUGUUUCUGAGACGCACCCGUAUGAGAACCAGGACCCCGCCAGCAUGCCAUCCGACAUGGGCUAUGGCUGCAAGAUGGUGGACGGGGUCAUGCAUGUGUACACCACCAGGGGCACCAUGGAGAAGAGCACAGAGUUGGACCUGCCGUACCCGGACCUGCAGGAGUACAUCGCCGACAUGAACGUCAUGAUGGCCCUCAUCAUCAACGGACCAGUGAAGUCCUUUUGCUACCGCCGUCUGCAGUAUCUCAGCUCCAAGUUCCAGAUGCACAUUCUCUUAAAUGAGAUGAAAGAGUUGGCAGCCCAGAAGAAAGUUCCUCAUCGAGACUUCUACAACAUCCGCAAGGUGGACACACACAUCCACGCCUCCUCCUGCAUGAACCAGAAACACCUCCUGCGCUUCAUCAAGAGAGCCAUGAAGAAGUACCCCCGGGACAUUGUGCAUGUGGAACGAGGCAAGGGCCAGACGCUCAUGGAGGUGUUCGAGAGCAUGAAUCUCACGGCCUUUGACCUGAGUGUGGACACACUGGACAUGCAUGCGGAUCGCAACACCUUCCAUCGCUUCGACAAGUUCAACGCUAAGUACAAUCCAAUCGGUGAAUCCAUCCUGAGAGAGAUCUUCAUCAAGACGGACAACCACAUCGAGGGGAAGUACUUUGGUCACAUCAUUAAGGAAGUCAUGGCUGACCUGGAGGAGAGCAAGUACCAGAACGUGGAGCUCAGGUUGUCCAUCUACGGUCGCUCCAGAGACGAGUGGGACAAACUGGCCAAGUGGGCAGUCAAACACCAGGUCUACUCCGACAACGUCCGCUGGCUUGUGCAAGUGCCCCGACUCUUUGACGUCUACCACACUAAGAAACAACUGUGCAACUUCCAAGAACUCCUGGAGAACAUCUUCAGGCCUCUGUUUGAAGUCACUGUUGACCCCAGCAGCCACCCGGAGCUGCACCUCUUCCUUCAGCACGUGGUCGGCUUCGACAGCGUGGAUGACGAGUCCAAACCGGAGCAACACAUCUUCAACCUUGACAGUCCGUUGCCGGCCAGCUGGACUGAAGAGGAGAACCCGCCGUACUCCUACUACCUCUACUAUAUGUACGCCAACAUGACGGUGCUGAAUCACCUGCGCAGGCAGCGAGGGUUUCACACGCUGGUGCUGCGCCCUCACUGUGGCGAGGCCGGGCCCAUCCAUCACCUGGUGUCUGGGUUCAUGCUGUCAGAGAACAUCUCUCACGGGCUGCUGCUCAGGAAGGCUCCCGUGCUGCAGUAUCUCUACUACCUUGCUCAGAUCGGCAUCGCCAUGUCGCCGCUCAGCAACAACAGCCUGUUCCUCAGUUACCACCGCAACCCUCUGCCUGAGUACCUGUCCCGAGGACUGAUGGUGUCACUGUCCACCGACGACCCGCUGCAGUUCCACUUCACCAAGGAGCCUCUGAUGGAGGAGUACAGCAUCGCGGCUCAGGUGUGGAAGCUGAGCUCCUGCGACAUGUGUGAGCUCUCCAGGAACAGCGUGCUGAUGAGCGGCUUCUCUCACCAGGUGAAGAGCUACUGGCUGGGCCCGAACUACAACAAAGAAGGCCAAGAGAGCAACGACAUCCGCCGCACCAACGUCCCCGACAUCCGCGUGGCCUACCGCUACGAGACCAUGUGCGAGGAGCUGAGUUUGAUCACGCAGGCCAUCCGCACCGACGAGCUGGAGACCAUCGAGGAGGAGGAGAGCUUGUGCAUGGCUGCUCCUCACCCACAAAAGUGACCUCAGCUGCACACAGAGAUUUGAUGAUCGACAUAUCAACAUGCUACUUUUGUUCCUCUUAAUUUGCUUCACACGUCGUUCACUUAUUUAUUUAUGAUUGACUGUAAUCUAUGGGCUGCUGUCCUGCCAAGUGAUCCAGGGGUGUCUCCAUCAUCUCCGCUGCUGCUCUCUGUGGUCUUCUGACAUGCAUGAUCUUCUCGCGUGGAUCAUCAACACGGUGCAUGAUCUGUUCCGUCAGUGUCCCUCCUCUGCACCUGGUGCCAAAUCCACCAGAAGACACAACAAGAGCUGGAAAACUCCACGUCCUCCUCCUUUGUUUGUGAACUAUAAUUUAUGUGUCAAUGAGAAAUAAAGUUCCCCAAUUUAGAUUCGUGCCUGUCGU